AUGAUCGGCUACCUCGACAUUAAUGGCUACGUUUACAGCAACUCAUCGGCAACAACUCUAGUCAACAGUGUCCGCCUCGUCACUUGCGUCCACGACACUCCCGCUGUGACUGCGGGAGGGAAUAGAGGAGAAGGCAGGAAGGCAAUAGAAGGGGACGCAGUCACUGCCCUAGGUCAGAUCAAUACAACACAAUAUUCAGCCAUCCUACAGUUUCUACAAUUUUUUCUACACAUACUGUUGGAUGACACCAAUGAUGUUGGUGCCACCCCUGAGGAGUAUGGGAAGCUCGACGCAGCCAUACAAGGAUGGGAGGAGAGCGCCGUUUCUCUUGUUCCAAGAUAUCUGAAGAAGUUCUAUAAUAAACUGCUAAUCUUCUUUAAGGAGUUCGAUGAUGAAUUGAGACUCAACGGGAGAUAUUCGAUUGAUCACAUCAAGAAGGAGUUCCAGCAGCUGUCUAGUUGUUAUCUCCAGGAAGCUGAAUGGUUGCACAAAAACCACAAGCCCAGGUUCGAAGAUAGAUUGCAUUUGGGUGCCAUGUCCAUAGGUGCGACAGAGCUAUGUGUGUAUGCGAUGGUUUGCAUGGGUGAUGAAAUGCCGGAGGGAGCACUGGAGUGGGUACUUGGAUACCCUGAUGUCGUCAUGGCAUGCGCCAAGAUUGGGCGCCUAGUGAAUGACCUUGCUGCUUCAUCCAAACCCCGUAACAACAGGGACGUGGCCAACUGCGUGGAGUGCUACGCCAGUGAGCACAAGGUUACAGAGGAGGUCGCCUUUGCUGCCAUCGACUCGAUGAUAGAAGAUGAGUGGAAGAUCACAAACCAAGCUCGAUUCAAACAUGGUCGUGAGCUGCUGCCUGCGGUGCAACAGGUCAUCAACUUCACUCUCAGCGGGCCGGUGUACUACGGUGAUAGGAAAGAUGCUUUCACCUUCAGCUCGCAUCUUGAAGACAUCAUCAAGAGCCUCUUUGUCAAUCCCAUUCCCAUCUAG